GCGGCAGACUCGGCGUCAUGGAGGGCAAAGAAAAACCAAAAUGAGCAACUUCGCGCGCGCUCUCUCCACUACGAGACGGAUCGGCAUGAUUACAUAGGAAUCUUCUGGGCUUUUUUUCGUUUACGGAAAAGGAGACAAAACUUUGGCGAGUUUGGGAGAAGUAUGGCGCGGGAGAUUGGAGAAGCUGGAGACGCCAAAAGUUCCACUAUCAAAAAGCACAAGAGAAAGAAAACCAAAAAAGAGAGCAAGACACGGAUAGUACACGCCAAUAUUUUGUACGACCACGCCAAAGGAGGGGAUAACCCCAACAGACACUAUGCAAACAACAAGAUUAAGACCACCAAGUACACCCUGCUUUCUUUUAUACCGAAGAACCUUUUCGAGCAGUUCCACCGAUUUGCCAACGUGUAUUUUGUUUUCAUAGCUCUGCUGAAUUUCGUGCCUGUGGUCAACGCUUUCCAGCCGGAGCUGGCUCUUGCUCCAGUGGUCUUUAUUUUGUCUGUAACCGCUAUAAAGGAUUUGUGGGAGGAUUACAGGCGACACAGAUCAGAUAAAGAAAUAAAUCAUCUGGAUUGUCUGGUUUACAGCAGGAGUGAGCGGUGCUAUGUGGAACAGUACUGGAAGGAGGUGCGGGUGGGAGAUUUUAUCCGGCUACGUUGCAACGAGAUCUUGCCGGCCGACGUGCUGCUACUGAGCUCCAGCGACCCAGACCGCCUAUGCCACAUAGAGACAGCCACACUGGACGGAGAGACCAACCUCAAACAGAGACAGGUGGUCCGUAGCUUUAUCGACCUGGAUGCAGAGUUCGACCCCCUGAAGUACAACAGUGUUAUUGAGUGUGAAAAGCCCAACAAUGACCUGAACAGAUUUCGUGGUUAUAUAAUCCAUCGCAAUGGGAGAAGAGAUGGGCUAUACAAAGACAAUCUUCUGCUCAGAGGCUGCACUAUUCGCAACACUGAGGAGGCUGUGGGCAUCGUCAUCUAUGCAGGUCAUGAGACCAAAGCCAUGCUGAACAACAAUGGUCCACGCUACAAACGCAGCAAACUGGAGCGCCAAAUGAACGUGGAUGUCUUCUGGUGUGUCAUCAUCCUGCUGGUCAUGUGUCUGUUCUCUGCCAUCGGUCAUGGCCUGUGGAUGUACCAGUAUGGAGAUAAGCGGCCCGUGUUUGACGUGCUGAGUCCUGAGGGAACAGAUUUAUCUCCUGUGGUGUCGGCCAUAUAUCUCUUCCUCACCAUGAUCAUAGUAUUUCAGGUCCUGAUCCCGAUCUCCCUCUUUGUCUCCAUUGAAAUAGUGAAGAUCUGCCAGGUGUUUUUCAUCCAUCAGGAUAUGGAGCUGUAUGAUGAGGAGACAGACUCACAUCUGCAGUGCAGGGCACUGAACAUCACUGAAGACCUGGGCCAGAUGCAGUACAUCUUCUCUGAUAAAACCGGCACGCUCACCGAGAACAAGAUGGUGUUCCGCCGCUGCACCGUGGCAGGAGUAGAGUACUCGCACGAUGCCAAUGCAAGGAGGCUUGCUAUGUACCAGGAGGUGGACUCUGAAGAAGAAGAGUGCUUGUCUCAUGGUGGAACUUUGCCACGAAGAGAGAGUCUAUGCAGCCAGCACAGUGGCAAAGUGGUGCUACGCUCUCAGAGCACCAAAUCCCACCGACGUACAGGGAGCCGUGCUGAGGCCAAGAGAGCCAGUAUCCUGUCCAAACACACUGCCUUCAGCAGCCCUAUGGAAAAAGACAUCACUCCAGAUCCUCAGCUGCUGGAUAAAGUGAAUGACUGUGGCAGUCAGAUGGAGUUCAUGCGCUUCCACAGUCAGCUUCUCAACCAGAUCCCACCUGAUCUGUGUGAUGUCUUUGACUUCUUCAUCGCUCUCACCAUCUGCAACACUGUUGUUGUGUCUUCACCUAACCAGCCACGGCAGAAGGUGAGACGUUUCGAGCUGAAGUCUCCGGUGAAGACUAUCGAGGACUUCAUCAAGCGUUUCACGCCGAGCCGCCUGACCUCAGGCUCCAACAGUAGUAGCUCCUCCAGCCUUACCACCAACCGCUCCUCCUCCCAACGCGCCUGCUCCAGUAUGCUGUCCUCACCCUCGGCUGAGAGCACCCUUACAAAGCUGAAUGAGGAGCACUUUCCUGGUCAGGGGCUCCAGCAGGCCUUUAGCCCUGUUCCACCCAACUAUGACCAGGCUAAGGCAUCCGCACCGGAUAAGUGUGAGCUUCGCUAUGAAGCAGAGUCUCCAGAUGAAGCAGCUUUGGUGUAUGCCGCCCGUGCGUAUAAAUGCUCUUUGGUGGGCCGGCUGCCUGACCAGGUGACUGUGGAGCUGCCACACCUGGGCAAGCUGACCUUUGAGUUGUUACAUACGCUGGGCUUUGACUCCACCAGGAAGAGGAUGUCUGUGGUGGUCCGUCACCCACUCACCGAGCAGAUCACUGUCUACACUAAAGGAGCUGACUCAGUCAUCAUGGACCUUGUCAGACCACCAUCAGAUGAUUCCAAAGGAAAGCGGCAAAGAAAAAUUUUGUUCAAAACCCAGAACUACCUAAACCUGUACGCUGCAGAUGGUCUCCGGACUCUGUGCAUCGCCAAAAAGGUCCUCAGUAAGGAGGAAUAUGCUGGUUGGCUGCGGUGCCACCUGGAGGCCGAAACAGCUAUCCAGGGGCGAGAAGAGUUGCUGUUUGAAUCUGCACUACGGCUUGAGACUGACCUCCAUCUGUUAGGAGCAACAGGUAUCGAAGACCGGCUGCAGGACGGUGUACCGGAAACUAUUGCAGCUCUGAGGAGAGCAGGGCUGCAGAUCUGGGUGCUGACGGGGGAUAAACAGGAGACAGCCAUCAACAUCGCUUAUGCCUGCAAACUGCUAGACCCAGAAGAGGAGAUAAUCACCCUAAACGCAGAGUCACAGGAGGCUUGUGCUGUAUUACUAGAUGAAAGCCUUCACUACAUCCAGGCCAAAUUUCUCUGUGGCUCUUCAGCAGACCCACAUGCAGCGAAGGCUUUCCAGCAGGACUACACUGCUCUCCGCUUCACCGGUCCUCCCGUUUGCUCUCCGGCCUUUUCUGGCCCCUCCAGCCCAUUUCUGGUGCACCGGCUGGGUUUGGUGAUCGAUGGGCGCACCCUGGCCUACGCACUGGACAAGAGCCUGGAGGAUAAGUUUCUGGCCGUGGCUCGGAGCUGCAGGUCAGUGCUGUGUUGCCGCUCCACACCCCUCCAGAAGAGCAUGGUGGUCAAACUGGUGCGCAACAAGCUGAAGGUCAUGACCUUGGCCAUAGGUGACGGGGCUAAUGAUGUCAGCAUGAUCCAGGUGGCGGAUGUUGGAGUGGGCAUUUCGGGACAAGAGGGCAUGCAGGCAGUAAUGGCGAGUGACUUUGCCCUCCCUCGGUUUCAGUACCUGCAGAAGCUGCUUCUGGUUCAUGGGCACUGGUGCUACUCCCGUCUAGCCAACAUGAUCCUCUACUUUUUCUACAAAAAUGCUAUGUUUGUGGCCCUCAUCUUCUGGUAUCAGUUCUACUGUGGGUUCUCCGGGUCAGCCAUGAUUGAUCAGUGGUAUCUUAUCUUCUUCAACCUGAUGUUCUCUGCGUUCCCCCAGCUCAUCACUGGCACUCUGGACAAAGACGUGUCAGCAGAGACCCUACAGGAACUACCUCAACUCUAUAUGAGUGGACAGAACUCUGAGGAGUAUAAACCGUACAUGUUCUGGAUGAAUAUGAUUGAUGCCUUCUACCAAAGCCUUAUCUGCUUCUUCAUUCCCUACUUUGCGUAUGCAGACUCAAACGUGGAUCUGUUCACCUGGGGCACUCCCAUCACUACACUUGCCCUUUUCACCAUUCUGCUGCACCUGGGCAUUGAAACUAAAACCUGGACCUGGAUGAACUGGACAUCAAUUGCGUUCAGCAUAGUACUCUUUUUCAUGGUGGCCCUGUGCUACAACGCCUCCUGCCCAACCUGUUACUCCCCCUCCAACCCUUACUGGACCAUGGAAAGACUUCUGGGUGACCCUCUGUUCUAUCUGAUGUGUAUCAUCACUCCGAUUGCUGCUCUUCUGCCCAGAUACUUCUAUAGAGCCUGUCAAGGAUCUUUGUUCCCCAGUCCGUUGCAAGUUGGACGACAGCUGGACAAACUGCCACUGGAGAUGCGCAGGCACUUCCUGAGCCAGAGCAAGAUGAAGUUUGGCUCUGCUGGGUCAGUACGUCCCAAUCGCCCUCCACUUUUCCCUUUCUGCAGGCCUUUCUUUAAAGACUGCAGCUUGAGGGUCCAACACACGCAUAACACCACCACCAAACGGAAGGACAAAGCAGGACAAGCCAAUCCAGUCCACUCGAAGGGCAUGGAAAUGAAGGACACACCUUUAAGCUCAAAGAAUCCUGAGAAUCAUCUCAUGUGUGCUCAGAAAGUGGAAAGCAGAGGGGGGAAACGGGGCUCAGCAAGCCCAAACUCUGAAACUUCAAAGUCUAGAGACCACCCUGCAGGCCCAGAUGGCCUAACCGAGAGCUGCACUCUACCUUACCCCAAAGAGCCUCCUCAGGCUGGAGAAAUUUCACUUCCUUCAGACCUGGGCACAUCCCUGAGCCCAGGACAGUCCAGUGAACUCGGCUGGCUCACCUCCACACCGCUGCUGCCUCAGACAGAAAGCGUGCAGCUCAUAUCGCCCCCUAGUGGGGGUCCUCCUGGUGUUACUUAUAAAAAGAACCAAGAAGUUUUGGACUGCUCAAACCCAAGCCUUCUCAUACAGAAAGGUGGUGAGAACCCCUCCGAUUCACCAGACUAUCUCCAGGAACACUCAAAACCACCUUUCAGAGCAAACAUUUUAUGAUGCCUUCUGCAUAUCUGUUACUCCGGUCCAGAUUUGCACGUUAUCUAUAAGAAAGUUUAUUCUAUUUUCAGGAGAGUUCUUUUAUAAUGCUAUAGAUGGGUACUAUACAUAUAUAUUUUAGAUGUGUAAAAUUAAGAUUAAAGAUUAUUUUUGAGAGUAGGCAGC